AGGCAUUCCUCGUACAACGUGGACAGAAAAUCGGAGGAAAACGUAAGUUUCAAGAGACGAUCAGCUGUUUUCCAGGUGAACAUUGCGACCUACGGAGACUGUCACAGAGGCAGUGGAACGUGACGGAUACACACGUGUAUACAUAGCAGGUUGUUGUUGUUUACUGCCGUUGGACGGUUUUGUGUGUAUGUUGUUGCUGAGCCUGAGGUAAAGAUGACGGCGUUUCUGGUUUGGUAUGCUUGCGUGGCACUGAUCACGAUGGUCCGAGGGGAAAUGUUCACUUCUUUAGCAGCCAUGCAGACUGCCCUUUGGGCAGAAAGGGAAAUCGCCACUACCAUAAACGACUAUGUUCAGGAAGAAGAAGCAAGGCUAGCUAAACUUAAACAGCUUGCUUCUGACAUGGCUGAUCACAGCACAACAGUGUUACAGAAUCCUGAGAAAUACCUUGGAAAUCCAGUCAAUGCUUACUUGUUGAUUAAAGGGUUCACGAUAGACUGGGAUCGAGAUGUUACAGGGGAGAUAAAUUCGCUCAAACCUGAUUUGGAAGAGCGGAUCCAACAUCUGAGAGAAAGUCUUCCAUCAUAUGAAGAUUUAAAUGGGGCUGUGGUGGCUUUGCUGAGAUUACAAGAUACAUACAAACUAGACACCGACCGUAUUGCUGGAGGAGACCUUCAGGGUACCCCAUCUGUGUCAUUAACAGCCGAGGACUGCUUCACGAUUGGACGAUUGGCCUACUCCAUAAGAGACUACUACCAUACGUCCUUAUGGAUGCAGACGUCGCUGAAUCAGGACGCAAGAGAGAUAAACAAAACAGCCCAGCGUUCUGACAUCCUCGACUACUUGUCCUAUUCCAACAUGAUGGAAGGAAACCUGAACUAUGCUCUGACAUUAACUGAGGAACUACUGACUCUGGCUCCUGAUAAUACGAGAGCCCAGAAUAAUAAAAGAUAUUACCAGAAAAUGUUAAAUGACCGAGCUGCAGAGGCACGUAAACUGGCCACCCAGCGAGGUGAGACUGGAGAGGAUACUGCCAAGCAGGAGGAGGAGGUGGUCAAACAUGAAAGACAGCUUGACGAGUAUCGUAACUCUGAGGAAUUUGCCACCUAUGAAAAACUUUGUAGGGGAGAAACUACACAUGUAUAUAAACACAGACACCAGCUCGUCUGCAGAUACCACACAAACAAUAUGAACCCCUUGCUUAUCUUGAGUCCGAUGAGGAUGGAGGAGAUCUAUCUUGACCCUUAUCUGAUAUUUUUCCAUCAAGCUCUCACAGAUAAUGAAAUGGAAGUUAUCAAGGAUCUUGCCACCCCAAGGCUUGGAAGAGCCACAGUCCACAAUGCAAAGACUGGUAAAUUAGAAACUGCAACAUACAGGAUCAGUAAAAGUGCCUGGCUAAAAGAUGAAGAUGACUUGGUAAUACAACGAGUCAACAGAAGAAUAGAGGCAUCUACUGGAUUAGAUAUGGCUACAGCUGAAGAUUUACAGAUUGCUAAUUAUGGUCUUGGUGGACAUUAUGAGCCUCAUUUUGAUUUUGCAAGGAAAGAAGAAAAACAUGCUUUCAAGAGUUUAGGAACAGGCAACAGAAUAGCAACAUGGCUCACCUAUAUGAGUGAUGUUGAAGCUGGAGGAGCAACAGUGUUUCCUUAUAUUGGUGUAAAAAUUUUCCCAGAAAAGGGAGGAGCUGCAUUCUGGUACAACUUAUAUAAGAGCGGUGAAGGUAUAUAUAACACACGACAUGCUGCAUGUCCAGUGCUUGUAGGAGCCAAAUGGGUUUCAAAUAAAUGGAUUCAUGAACGAGGCCAGGAGUUCCGGCGAAGAUGUGGUCUACAUCCCGACGAUUAAUGAAAAAUCUUCUUCAUUUCCCUAAUUACCUCACAAUUUCAUUGAGCUCAUUAUCAUUUCAUAAUAUUCAUCACAGAGAAUGUAACAGAGUAAAACGAAAUUUUCACUUGAAUAACGAUGUACACAAACCCAAACAGAACUUGCCAUGUACCUAGGAGUGACCAUUCUUAAACCAUCUGUCUCUGAAUUUAUAUCAGUGAUAAUGAUUUGGUCCAGUAAGAUGGAAGUAAGAUUGGUCUUGUUGUUAUAUGAAUGGUUGAAAUGGUGUUUUAACGAAAUUUUGUUUCAAGGAAAUUUUUCUUUCUGACUUUUUUGUUUUCGUUUUUGGUUUUUAUUUUGAACAAUUCAUCAUUAGAUCUUAAAGCACUCUCUGUUUGUGAAACUAUCCACAUCAUUAGGUCUAAAAGUUUUCUGUUUGUGAAACUAUUUAGACAAUUAAUGUGAUGCAUCCUGGGAUAGUCAUGGACAAAGUGGUGCAUCCUGGGAUACUCAUGGACAAAGAAAUGCAUCCUAGGAUUCUCAUAGACAAGACAAUGUGAUGCAUCCGUAGACAAUGGGAUGCAUCCUGGGAUACUCAUAGAAAAUGUGUUGCAUCCUGGGAUACAUAGAUAAUAUGAUGCAUCCUUAGACAAGGUGAUGCAUCCUUGGAUACUCAUAGAAAAUGUGUUGCAUCCUGGGAUACAUAGAUAAUAUGAUGCAUCCUUAGACAAGGUGAUGCAUCCUUGGAUACUCAUAGAAAAUGUGUUGCAUCCUGGGAUACAUAGACAAUGUGAUGCAUCCUUAGACAAGGUGUUGCAUCCUUGGAUACUCAUAGAAAAUGUGUUGCAUCCUGGGAUACAUAGACAAUGUGAUGCAUCCUUAGACAAGGUGUUGCAUCCUUGGAUACUCACAGACACUUUGCAGAAUCCAUCCAUAGGUGCACAGAACUUUUAAUAAUAUAUGAUUUUUAAGUUUAUGAAUAAUGUAAGUUUACUAAACUUGUAGUAUGUAUUGGAAAAUGACAUUUUGGGCAUAAUUUGUUUAUUUUCUAUUGGAAAUAGUUCAAACUUGGUUAGAAUUAUUAGUAUAAGUUGACAGCUGGACGAUAUGCACAUAUUGAUCCUAACUGACCCCAAAGGGCUGGAAGGCAGGGUCAAAAGGGGUCAAAUUGAUUCAAAUAUGAUAGAACCAAUUAAAUACUGGUCAUGGGUGGAAGAGUUUGUGUAGGAAAAUCACAAUAGUAUGGUUAGAAGCCCUAACAUGAGAUGAUGGUCAAUGUUGUGCAUGUUUUACAUUUGCAUUUCAUGUACCAUUUAGUUAAAGCCUACUUUGUUAACAAGAUACAACAUUGUAAGUGAGACGACUGUUAAGGCCCUUUUGGCCUCUUGUUGUUUGUACCUUUGUGUAAAGAUAUUUCUAUGUUGAUUAGUUAACAUCUCAACAGAAGUGACAAAUGUCCGACAGUAAAUUUCAUUUUUUUUUUUUUUUUGCAACCAUUAUGAUGUCAUAUAUGAUGUGUAUAAAAACAUGUUUAAAAAAGGGCUGUACCAUCUAAUCAAUCACAUCUCUGGUCACAAAUGUCAUUUUUUGGAAUAAAUCUAAUCAUAUCAAAAUCACCAACAUUGUUGGAAACUUAAAUACUGUACAUUGAGCUGACAUUUUCAGUUGAUAUCAAUGACACAGCUUUACAUGCAUUACACAUAAUGAUCACACAUGAUUUUUUAAUUUUUUGUAUGUGAUGCAUGUUACUAGCACUGGCUCUUACAGAAUUUUUUCAAUUGUAAAAAUUAAUUUCCGGAACAUAUGUCCUGAUGUUUACUUACUGGUGUGUCGAGUUGGUGGAUUGAACUUAAUUAGCCAAUUUUAUAACAACUAAUAUUUAGUGUUUAUUUGAUGUGAUCUCAUAAAACGAGAACAGCAGGUUCUCUUUUGACACAAGAAUUGUAACAAUUUUUCUGUACAGUAAAAGAACCUGCUUAAAAAUACUUUGUAUUUAUAUUGUAUAACUAGAAUACUUUGGUAAUUUAAAAUCAAGAAAUGUGAAGUUGGAAAUACCAAAACUUUCCUUGAUCUUAAAUUCCAAAAAUCUCUUUUGUUAGGAUAAGAAGGAUAUUCUAAUAAUGAUUAUCUGAUCCCUGCGUAAUGAAGGACAUCAAUUUUGCAUAAUUUACAUAACUGUACAUUUAAAUGUAGCUGCAGCAGUAUUAUGUUAUUUUGUAACUUUCUACAGUUGGUAAAUGUGAUGGCUUUAAAGGAUAUUUUAUCAGACAAUAUGUGUAAUGUAACCAAAGGUUGUCGGGUGAAAAACAAAAUAUGAUAUUAACAUUAAAAUGACUCGUAUAUCUCUCUCUUUAGCCCAGUAUUCGUUCAGUUUUGGUUUACAACUAACCCCCUUUUUGAUCAGUGUUGUUGUCCAGGUAACCCCCAGUUUAAUCAGCUUUGUUGUCCAAGUAACCCCCUGUUUUGUUAAAUGUCAAAUGACUGUUAAGGCCCAUGGCCCUCUUAUUCUCAGUCUUCAGUCAGUGUCGUAAAGAGGUCAAGUUAGUCCCUGGACGUCGGAAUUGAAACACUGCAGUACAUACAAGUACCUUAAAUCCUGAUGGUGAUCACAUGAUAGGAUCUGUGAAAUCCAAGGUGAUGUCAAAAGGGGAAUGGAAGGUGAAGAAAGAUUUUAAAUCCUUGUCAUUUUUACAGAGUCAGAUUUGAUUAGUGUGUUAUAUAACCGGUCUUCUUAUACUGAGACGUUGCUUUGUGUUUUGUUGCGUUCUUAUGUUCAAAGGAUGUUGUCCACAGGAUCAGUAAAACUGUUUGCACUUUGAACCCACUUGAGCAGGAAACGGUUUAGAAGUGUCAAACAGAGGUCACUAGGACAGGGAAAGGUUAAAUAGGGUCCUACAAGGAUAAUUAAGGUUAACUAGAGUCCAAGAGGAAUUAUUUUGGCAGGGCAAGAUAAGAUGUUUUAGAGUGGGGUUGGGGGUGGGGGAGGGGA